AUGGCUCCCUUCUUCAAAGCACCGAUCGAUAUAGAAAUCUUACUGGAUGGUGAAGAGUCCCGCAAACACGUUGAAAUAGCCAAUUCUUCCGAUAGCCCGACUGCACGAACGCUGAAGGACAGAUAUCCGAUCUACGAGGAUGGUGAAAGUGUGAGUGGGAGGGUCACAUUAAGAGUCAAAGAGGGAAAAAAACUGGAACAUUUGGGUGUGAAAGUGAGUCUGGUUGGAAGCGUUGAUCUGUUGAAGUCUAAUGGGGAGAGUAAGAAACGACCUGCAGAAACGUUUUUGAGUUUGAGCGCAGAUCUCUGUCCACAUGGAGAGCUGAUGCACUCCCAAAGCUUCCCAUUCCAUUUCAAAGACGUUGAAAAGAGAUAUGAAUCUUACAUGGGCAAGAACGUGGAUGUCUCCUACUAUGUGAAAGUUACGGUUUUCCGGAAAUCUACAGAUAUUGUUAAACACAAGCGGUUUUGGUGUCUGCUUUACAACCGGGAUGUUUUACCACCUGUUGUUGCCAACGCUCCUGCCGACACCAAGCCCGUCAAGCUGGACAUUGGGAUUGAAAACUGUCUUCACAUAGAAUUCGAGUACUCCAAGUCGCAGUUUUCUCUGAAGGACGUGAUUGUGGGAAGAAUAUACUUUUUGCUCACAAGACUCAAAGUUAAACACAUGGAACUCAGUGUUAUCACCAGAGAAACAUGCGGCUUGGAACCCAAUCAGCUUUCGGACUCUACGUCUAUCCGUUAUGAGAUCAUGGAUGGAUCCCCCGUGAAGGGAGAAACUAUACCCAUACGACUAUUCCUGGGUGGCUACGAUCUGACUCCCAGCAGUCAAUCCAACUACUUCAGUAUCAAGAACUAUUUGAGUUUAGUGAUCAUCGAUGAGGAUGGCAGAAGGUAUUUCAAACAGUCCGAGAUAGUUCUGUUCCGGAGGCGGAACUGA